CCGCGGGUCUGGUCGAGACCGCGAGACGCCGACUCCGUGCCCUAGCUCGCCUUUGGCAGACAGAUUGCUUGCUGCUACCAGCCGCCUCCCCCCGCACCGGCCGCACCGCCGCCGCGCCACUCCCUCCCCGGCUCCUCCACCUCCUUCGCCGGGGCGCCAGCCCGAUCCCCCGCGAGCCGCACGCACCGCCCGGAGCCACGGUUGAUGCGGUAGCAAGCCGCGGGUGCUGGAGAGGGCUUGCGGAUGGAGGCGCUCCCUUCGUCGCCGAGGCACCCUCCCAAGUACGACAGCGCCGCCGUCCAGAAUGCUUUGGAGCAGUUGGCGUCCAUUGAUCUCAUUGAGCUGAGCAAGGAGGCUAGAAUUGAGCACUGCCGUGCAACUAGGGACUUGAGUAGCUGCGGCCGCUAUGUGCAACAUGUGCUCAACUCAUGUGGGCAUGCCUCGUUAUGUGCUGAGUGUAGCCAGAGAUGUGAUGUCUGCCCAAUUUGCAGAAGUCCAAUUCCUGAUAAUGGAAAAAGAGUGCGGCUCCGCCUUUACCACAAAUGCUUGGAGGUUGGCCUUAUCUCUAAGCAGCAUGAUGAAAGGUUUCAGGAAAAGGAAGGCCAUGGUGAUCGUGUUAACAUGGAUGUCCAGCGGCUGCAUUCCUUGUUUGAUGUUGCACUUCAGAAUAAUCUGGUUUCCCUGAUCUGCCACUAUAUAACAGAUGUUUGUUUGGAUGAGAAUGCUGUGUCAAGUGAUCCACUUCUGGCUUUUCUUUUGGAUGAGGUGGUCAUCAAGGACUGGUGCAAGAGGGCUGUUAAGGCACUCAUAUCAGAGAUCGGCAUGAUUUAUAAAUCUGGAUUAGAGACGAUGAAGUCUAAGUUAUCCCAGAUGCAAAAGUUUGCAGUGCAGCUGUCAGGGAUAUCCAUUGUUGUUGAAGCUAUGAUCGCAUCUUUCAGAGAGGCAGCUCAUGUUAAUGACCUGCAUCAUCUCAUCGAGAACACAAUGAAGGCAAAACAGCAUUUGGAAGCCAUGAUAUGGUGCACCAGGCAUGAAUUUCUUGAGAAAAUUUGCUCACGUCAUGCUAGUUUUGCUACUUGGAGUGCUGAUGUGAUUGAAAGGAAAAAGUCUGCAGAAGAACGACAAUGGCCUGAAUUUUCUGGUAAAUCAUCAGGUCACAACGAAGUCAACCAGGGUAUACUUUUCAUCGAGCAGGCACUACAAAACCUUGGGGGUCAACAAAGUUAUAGGGAUAAUGAGGAAGGAGCGGAAAUAACCUAUUUGCAGAAUGAAGAAUCAGCAUCUGAGUUCUCUUGUACAAUUGAUCACUUUAGUGUCAAUAGUUAUCCAUUUAAAACCUUGCGUGAGGCAGUUGAUGUACUCUUUCUUCACGGAGGAUCUGACAUGGUGAUUGCAAAGCAAGCAAUUUUCUUAUACUACAUAUUUGAUCGGUAUUGGACAAGACCAGAUUCAGAAUGGAGGUAUCUGGUGGAUGAUUUUGCUGCGACAUUUGGGAUCUCCUGUAGAACGUUGCUCGAAUGCCUGGUAUUCUGUCUUUUGGACGACCAUUCUUCACAGGCUCUGGAGGAGGCAUGCUCUCUUCUUCCUAAGAUUUCUAGCAAGGAAACACAUCCAAAGAUAGCACAAGUUCUUUUGGAACGUCAGAAACCUGACGUGGCACUGGUCGUGUUGAAGUGCACAGGGUGUGAUAGCUUCUCUGCUACUGCAAACAUUGAGAACGAUGAACUGUUAUGUCUUAGUGAGGCAGUGACUGCAAUCCGUGUAAGAAUUGAAUAUGGCCAAGUAACAGAAGCAUUCAUGUUCCAUAGGAGCUACUGCUCUAGGAUAAAAGAGCAAAGACCAGCAGAUAUGCCACGCGUUGAAGAUGUUUGCAGAAGUUCUUGGAUGCAUCAUGUUGAGGUGAUGAUGGUUGAGUUUUGUGAGAUCUGCAUUGAUCGAAAUGUUGUUGAUAAAAUAAUUGAUCUGCCUUGGGAUUCUGAGGAAGAGAAAUAUCUUCACAAGUCCCUCUUUGAUUCUGCUCGUGAGGCGCCCACAGGGCCAUGUGGUAGUCUGCUUGUUGUUUUCUACCUCCAGCGUUAUCGGUACUUGGAAGCAUAUGAUGUCCAUCGUAGUCUUCAGACCUUUGAGCAAAACAGACUGGAAACUGCCAAUGAAGAGGUUGCAUCCAAAAUCAGUACAAUUGCUCGGUGGAGAGAAGGUUUGGUGGCUAAAUGCCUUGAAAUGCUUCCUGAGGUCCAGAGGGAGGAUGUGAGGUCCACCAGCAGUGGGGACCAAAGUCAAUUUGCCAUCCGAACCAUGCAAACGUCUUCUCCAGUUAAUCCUGCAGUCAAAUCAGCCAGUUCUACCAUUGGAUUGAGCUCGUCCUUCACCCCUGCUCUUCAGAAUAAAUCAAACGCUCUCCACUCCAGGAAUAUCCAUGGGCUGACUGAUUCUAGCGCUCCUAUCGGUAGUGUCCGUUCAGAGUUUGGCAGAAAGGUUCCAUCUAUCCUCCAAUGUAGGCCAGUUCCCCCAGCGACACCUGCAUCCAAUAUGAGAUCCCCUGCAGGGGGUAUAUUCCCCUCUCUGGGUCAAAAUGGUGAGAAUCCAUAUUUAAAGGGGACAAGAGAACUCGGCUUUAUGAAAGGAGAGUCAGGUUUUAGAGAAGGAACCAAACAUGCUGGUCAUGAUUCAAUUCCUAUGUAUUUCAACUUGGGUGCUGGCGAUACACCUAAGAAAACCCAUGGAACAAGUUUAUUGAGGACUGAACGUAACAAAAACACUUUCUUUCAAGGAAAAGAUUCUGUCAGAAAGGGAGAGUUUGACUUUGGUGCACGUGCUGAGAAACCUUUCAUCUUAAGUGGGAAUGGGGCUGGUCAAAAUGGCCAAACAAAGGUAUCGGAUAGUGCAGGAUUUCGUCGUGAGAGUCAUAUGGAGAAGACAAAAGCUCCAAUGACACCGAAUGUUUUGAGCUUGGGCAAGAAACCCCCAGUUGGUGAAGGAGCAGCCGGCAAAGGCGGGUCAAGGUGGAGGUCCGACGAGUCGAGUGAAGACGAAGACGAGGCAAGAACUGGCGGGUACAUGGAGAGCAACGCUUCCCUUGUUACCCGAAGGCUACCAAGAUUAUCCAGAAGAUGAUGCAUCCUCUCAACUAUAUUCCGGUUUUUCCAGUCUCCCUUCGAAUGUGAACAUUAAUUUGUGUUGGCCGUGAGUGAGAAUCGGAGAUAAUCUUGGAAAUAUUGCACCGCCAUGGCCGCAGUGAUAUGCAAGGGAGAUAGAGAAUGAAGAAGCGCAUGCUUGUUGUGUUGA